CUGAAAGAAACCUGAGGGUUUAUGAGUUCUCAGAGAUCGUUGUUGUGAUAUAGACGGUCCAUCCUUAUAAGCUCACAUCACACGGCCAAUUUCAGAAGCUCGAUAUGAUUCACAAAGUUGCUCUGCUUUUUUUCUUGUGUAUCACUUUGCACAGCUUUUUUUGGCAAACCUCCGCAGGCAUCUCAGUGAAACGAGGCAAAAACGUCACCCUGACCUGCCCACUGAAGCCCGUUAAGAACAUCGGAACAAUGACCUGGUACAAGCAGAACCCUGGUCAAGGUGUACAAAUGCUGCUGAUCUACAACUUCACUGUGCCACCGUAUGUGCGCUAUGCCAACGGAAUUAACACUCACAGAUAUGUGGUGUUACCUGGGAAGAGAGAUGGAGCCCAUCAUCGCUUACGGAUCAUCAGUGCUGCAGAAUAUGAUGCAGCGACUUAUUACUGUGGAUUUUCAGAUAAAAAUAUAGACAUUAAAAAACAUGCCUGAAGUACAGGAUCUCUUUGUGAAUGGGAUUACAUUCAUCUUUAGAUUAGUUUAGUGUUUUUUGUUUCUUUUUGGGUGAUUAUUCGCUAAGUUUUAUUUUGUCUUGAGACUUAUCAUUUUAUCAGCCUCAUGUCAUUAUUUCCUACACAACCUUUUCUUGAAUAUUUUUGAACUCAACUGAUUUCAUAUUCAAACCAAUAGCAUUUUUUUUUCAACAUUUUUGACAGCAUUUCUACUAAAUAAACAUGUGUGAAUACAAGCUCUA